AUGCACGAAACACACUACUUCUAUGACUCUCCUAUGAACGUAAUCGAUGCUGUUGGAGUCUUCGCAACUCUCGAAACGGCGAACGCAAAGGUCAUGGAUGCCUUUCAGGAACAUUACGGCGAUGUUAUGGAUCUGAACGAAGACAACUUUGCUGAGGACGAAGAUGGCCCUGAUGUCAACGAAGUAAAGUGGGGGAUCGACAAACUCGGUGCACUGUCGCUCGAAUACGAAGAUGGCGGAGAUGGAGACGCUUUCAAAUUUUAUAUCCUGAGGCCCAGAAGAUACAUGGAUUUACGCAGAUCUGCCGCCGUGACGAUCGAUGAGGUCACUUUUCAACCUCGACACUCUGCACCACCUCCAACAUUUAUACAAACUUCCGAAGCCAUCUUCUGUAUCGACCUCACAUCUAUUGAAAUGGCUCCUCAACGCCAAAGUAGCAGCAGUCCAAUCAUCGCAGGAGACUAUCCCCAAUACGUCAAAACCGCAUGUGAGGCCGCCGGGAGGGCCGCCCGUCAGCGACAAGCUUCUUCCGUGGCUUGUACAUCAUCAAGCAAUCCUCCGGUGUUCAUCAUAAUGCACGAGGCACAAUUCCACUAUAGAAGCGAGGAUAACAGCACCGACAUUGAGGCUAUUUGCGGAAACAUCGACACUGCCAAUGCCAAAGUCAUGGAAAUGUUUCAAAAACACCACGACGGUGUUGUGGAGGAGGACAACUUCUUUGGAGAGGGAGUAGGCGCUGAUCUUAAUGAAGUAACGUGGAAGAUUGAUAGUUCUGGCGCUCUAUCGCUAGAAUACGCAGAUGGGGCGGAGGGUGAUGUCUUUAAAGUCUAUAUCGAGACACAUGAACUACUCAUGUGA